AUGUUAUCAGAAAUACUAAUAGAACAAGAGCAAGAAUAUACUGUUGCAAUAUUAUUUAUAAAAAAAAAUGAAAAAUAUUAUAUAUUAACCUCACAAAAGAUAAAUAUUAUAAUAUACCAAAAUCAAUAUCAAACAUGUGGAGGCAAAAAAGAUGAAUUUGAAGAUUUUAGAACAUGUGCAAUCAGAGUAGCACAAGAAGAAAUCAAUUUGAAAUUGAUAGUAGAAAGGAUACAAUUAAUCCUAAAACAUACUUAUUAUUCAUACAAUAAGUCAGAGACAAAACCAACAACAAACAAAGAUUACCAAGAUGAUAAAAUUAAUCAAGCUAACUUGAAUUUCUAG